ACAGGGCACCGCGGGAGCAGGGCCGUGGAACAGGCAGCACCGGACGCGGACCCCACGCGCGGCUGCCGGGACAAGUGGAAGCUAGGCCAGCGGGCGAAAGUUCUGAGCUCUGUUCUGUGCGGUUCCUUCGGUCUCAUCCCUUGGAAGUCCCGCCCACAGAGAUGGUAGAGACCUCACCUGCAACCCUCCGCCAGCCCCGCCCAUCCAGUCCAUGGGCAGCCUGAGACCCUCCCAGCUAACCCCCCGCCGGUCUUUGAGCCAAGGUUCCCUGGAGAGUAAAGUUGAAUUCCUAUCAUCCUCAAUUUCCUCACCGCGGGAUCGCAGCGAGACCCACAUCUUACAAUCAACGUCACAGAAUGGAGCCUUAAGACUGGGAGCUUUGGAGAUGAUUUUAUCCAAAUCCCCAUUUCAGAGAUGGAAAAACUGAAGCCCGAAUGCAUCGGGCAAGGGCAGGAGAGGGACUCGAACCCUUGUCUUUGAGCUCCAGUCGCGCUGCUCUUCCCGGCUGCGCGGUCCUGACUUCGGCGGCUCCUCUUGUUGCUCGCAAAAAAGCGCGGUGGCCGCAAUGGCGGCCGACGUCGAAGGGGACGUGUAUGUGCUGGUGGAGCACCCCUUCGAGUACACCAGCAAAGACGGGCGCCGUAUCGUCAUCCAGCCCAACGAGCGUUACCGACUGCUGCGCCGCAGCACCGAGCACUGGUGGCAAGUGCGGCGCGAGCCUGGGGGUCUCCCCUUCUACCUCCCCGCGCAGUACGUGCGCGAGCUGCCCGCACUCGGUGACCCUGCCCCGGCCCCGCAGCCUUCCGUGCCGCAGCCGCGCCCCGCAGUCCCGGAGCCUCUGGCCUACGACUACCGCUUCGUAAGCACCCCGGUGGGUGCCGAUGGAUCCUCCACCGAGCCCCGGGGACGCGCCAGCUCCCUGAGUGGCCCUGCGCGACAGCGCGCCGGAGGCCAGCGCAGCAGCCUGGCGCCGGGAGGACCCGCCUGCCUGUACGUGCGGCCCGCAGCGCCGGUGCGACCGGCGCAGUCGCUGGACGACUUGGCCCGCGGCGGCACCGCGCCCCCUGCCGGCCUCCUCGGUAGCGCCGGCCACUUCAAGGCCUCCAGCGUAGCGGGCUCCGGGGUUUGCCCGCGGCCCCUGGCGCGCAGCGACUCGGAGAACGUCUACGAGGCCAUCCCGGACGUGUGCUGUCCUCCGCGGGAGGAGAGACCCAAGCAGGCUGCUGGUUGGCCAUCCCUGGAGUUUCCAAGAAGAUGGAAAGGAGGCAAGAGCGGAUGUAGAGAUGCCCGUGAAUGACAGGCUCCAGCUGCAGGAAGCCACAUCUAAAGCAACAUUCAGGAGCUGGCAUCAGGACAAGGACGCCAAUCAGGGUGAGUUACAGCUCAUUCCCUAUGCAAGGCAAGCCAGCCUGGGUGAAUGGAAUCAGAGCCCCCAGCACGAUGCACCUCGAAGCCCAGGGGGUUCU